AUGAAUAAAGUGGCGCUCUGGGAGGGAUUGUGCUUGCCCAAGGCAAAAGGAGGGAUGGGGUUCCGGCGGUUACAUGAGAUGAACAAGGACUUACUGGGAAAACAGGGUUGGCGACUGAUUACUAUGCCUUCUACUCUUGUUACCCGUGUGUUCAAGGCACAUUGUUACCCUAUAUGUGGUUUCUUCGAUUCCAGUGUGGGAAACAACCCGUCAUAUAUUUGGAGGAGCUUGUGGGAGGUCCAGGACUGUUUGAAGGAGGGAUGUAGACGGGCAGUUGGCAAUGGGGAUGACACCUUCAUUGGCACUGAUCCCUGGUUGCCUGUUGAUAAUAACCCGUACGUCGAAACCGUGUUACAUCCGACUGUGCAUGAUGCCCCGAUGUCUUCUCUUAUGAACAGGCAUGGUACGGGGUGCGAUGUGGAGUGUGUGAAGGAUAUUUUCACUGACCGGGAUGCAAACUUGAUCUUAAAUAUUCCUCUUAGCACUCGGAGACCACCUGAUCGUUGGAUUUGGCAUUGGGACGACAAGAGUGCUUAUACGGUGAAAUCUUGCUAUAAGCAUCUAACUACUGUUGCGGGGGAUGAUCAUCCUUGGGCUAAAAUUUGGAGUUUACAUAUACCUCCCAAGUUUUUCUGGGCUAUAUCUUCGUUGAAUGACUCUGCUUUGCCUAAUUUUGUUAUGGUUUGCUGGGGGCUAUGGGGUAGCAGGAACGAAAGGGUAUGGAAUGGUCUUGGCUUUGAUUCAAACACGGUGGUUCACAGGGCUUUGCCGUUUCUGGAGAAUUGGAAGUUGGCAAAUGAGGCAUCUACCCAGUUCAGUGUUGUUGCCGGCCAUCCAACACGCUGGUCUAAACCUGCGUUGGGGAGGAUUAAGCUGAAUUGUGAUGCAGCGAUAUGCCAAGGGUCUAUUGUCAUGGGAAUAAGUUGGGUUUUGCGCGAUGACGAGGGGAAGUUUCUAGCUGCCAAGAACACAGUAGUACCGAGGAAUUACCUGGUGAAGGAGGCUGAAGCUUUGUCUAUUCGCGAGGCCCUGAGUUGGUUAAUAAGUACAAGUAUGGGGAGUGUGGAUGUAGAAAUGGAGUCACAAGUCGUGUUUAACGCUCUAUUUUCUUCAUCUUUCAGUUCUGCGUUUGGUCUUUUGAUAGAUGAUGUAAGAGGUUUAGCAUCCGCAAUUGGGGAUGUUGAAUUUCAUUUUGUAAAGCGAUCUGUGAACUGUACCGCCCAUGUCAUUGCACGAGAGGCCUUUUUGGUGUCAGGUUGCGGGGAGGGGCUGGACUCUGCUUUGCUGUUCCUUGUAAACAUUCUCGAGCUUGAUUUAAUGGAUUAA